CUCUAGGGUUCCAAUCGUGAAACCUGCAACUCCAAAACCCUAGUUCCUCACCAGCCGUCUGCAACAAUGAAGACGAUCUUAUCAUCAGAGACAAUGGACAUACCAGACGGCAUCGAAAUCAAGGUGAAAGCCAAAAUCAUCGAAGUGAAAGGACCACGAGGAACCCUAACUCGCAACUUCAAGCAUUUGAAUCUCGAUUUCAUGCUUAUUACCGACGAAGAGACCGGAAAACGGAAGUUGAAGGUUGAUGCCUGGUUCGGAUCUCGCAAAACAACUGCUGCUAUCCGUACAGCACUCAGCCACGUCAACAAUCUCAUCAUUGGUGUGACUCAAGGGUUCCGGUAUAAGAUGCGGUUUGUGUAUGCUCAUUUUCCGAUUAAUGCUAGCAUUACGAGUGAUAAUUCGGCGAUUGAGAUCCGGAACUUUUUAGGUGAAAAGAAGGUGAGGAAGGUUGAUAUGCUUGAAGGUGUUACCGUGGUUCGAUCGGAGAAGGUUAAGGAUGAACUUAUUUUGGAUGGAAAUGACAUUGAGCUUGUUUCCAGAUCUUGUGCCUUGAUUAACCAGAAAUGUCAUGUGAAGAACAAAGAUAUCAGAAAGUUUCUUGAUGGUAUUUAUGUCAGCGACAAGGCAAAGAUAGAAGAGGGUGACAAUUAGGUAGUGAUCGGUCUUGCUGUUUGGUGCACCUUUUUUCGACUAAGAGAGUGUUUAUCUGUUUUAAUCAAAUUUUGAACAUUUUACAGGACUCUUUUGUCGAGUUCUUAAGUUCUUUUUGGAACAUUUAUUUCUAUUGUAUCGAUCUUUUCGGUAUUGUCUGGUGUGUAGUCCUGCGAUGUUAUAUGAUGGCUGGAGUUGAUAUUUCCAA